AAUAUAGGAAUGGACCGGGAAGAAGCCAUUGAGAGAUUAAUGGACAAGUGAGGCAUUUCAGUAGGCUGCAUUUGGGAGUUAUAGCAACCAGUGUAACCCAGGGAAGAGAGGGUGUUGGCUAAGCAGCAGUCUGCGAGACAGAAGAGACAAUUUGAAGUUUAUGGAGGAUGAGAAGCUAGCAAGAAGAGCGUAGGGAUGUUCGUGUCUGAUGAAGAUGUGUACCAGUCUCGGAUUCUGUCUAUGAAAAAUAUUGAUGAAAAAGUUGUCUGCCUCGUAUUCUACCAUUUGUUUUUCAUCAUGUUCGUGUGGUCAUACUGGAAAACCAUCUUUACAAAGCCAAUGAAUCCGAGUAAGGAGUUCCAUCUGUCAUAUACAGACCGAGAACAAAUUGAACGUGAGGAUCGAGGUGAAGGUCAACAGGAAGUCCUUAGACGAAUGGCUAAAGAGUUACCUAUUUACACAAGAACACUAUCUGGAGCGAUUCGGUACUGUGACAGAUGUCAACUUGUGAAGCCAGAUCGCUGUCACCACUGCUCAGUCUGUGACAAGUGCAUUUUGAAGAUGGACCAUCAUUGUCCUUGGGUGAACAAUUGUGUUGGAUUCUCCAAUUACAAGUUUUUUUUCCUUUUCUUGGCUUACUCUUUGCUUUACUGCGUAUUUAUUGCUGCCACUGAUCUGCAGUACUUUAUCAAGUUUUGGAUGGAUGAAAUUCCAAUUAAGCGGCUGAAGGAAUAUUGGAAUGGGCUGCCAGACACCCAAGCUAAGUUCCACAUCAUGUUCCUGUUCUUUGCAGCUGCAAUGUUUUCCAUCAGCCUGUCCUCCCUGUUUGGAUAUCAUUGCUGGUUAGUCAGUAAAAACAGGUCUACCCUUGAGGCCUUCAGAGCACCUGUGUUUCGACAAGGUCCUGACAAGAAUGGAUUUAGCUUAGGAUGCAGCAAAAAUAUGAAGCAAGUAUUUGGAGAUGAGAAGAAAUACUGGUUGCUACCCAUCUUUACAAGUCUAGGUGACGGUUGUUCCUUUCCAACGUGCUUAGUGAAUCAGGAUCCAGAGCAGCCAUCCACUCCAUCUGCUCAGAACAUAUCUGCCAAAAAUAUUACUGAAGCACAUCCAUUUCCUGCAAAACCUUUACGAGAAUCCCAGAACCAUUUACUGGGUAGUGGCCAAACAUGGUCUGAGGGAGCUUCUGAUGAUGAGAAAGGCAAGCUUGGUAUGAGUAAUCCUGUCAUGGUUAUAGAGAAUGAGACCUAGGUACAUUUCAAGCAAAGCUGUAACAGCUGGCAAAUCCCUAGGUGCAGCUGCUUAUGGAGGAAAUUCUGGGAAGAAGCAUUCUCCAAGAUCCCAAUCUUCACCUGCCCACCAUCCCUGUCAGAUGUCUGUGCCUGUGUGGGUAUGCUCCAAAGGAAAUAUUCCCGUGACCAAUUGGCUUUCCUACAAUCACUGCUUAACACAUACACCAUAUUGGUCCAGUCGCUCUUAAAUGUACAACGGGAAUUCUAUUCUGAAUGUAUUGCUUAACAAAACAUGCUUAAACAUUUAUAGCAAGGAUAAUUGGCAUUGCGGCAGGGCAAGCUAUGAGGUUUCUGAAAAAAAGUGGCACUUUGCCCAUCGAAACUGUGUGAAAAUGAGACUGGUUGUAUCAUUGUUCAUUACAUUACAUACUAUUGUUUUGAUUUCUUGAUCAAAUCAUACAUGUACAAAGGCACAUUCUUUGGGAGCAAUACAUAUGAUAACAUUUUGAGUCUUAACGGAAAUUAACUGCUUUCUUUAACAGGCAAUGUUAAAGAUUUUGUAAAAAGUAGAGAAUUUAAGUUUAAAUAUUAAGCAGUGAUAUCUGAGAAAAAUAGAAGAGAUAUCAUGAACAUGCCUUUCAUUUAUACACAUAUUGAAUUUUUUUUCAAAGAUUUGUGGCAAGAAUACAAUAUUUUGGGUAUUGCUUCCUGAAUGUCUUCUGAGGAAGAUAAUUUACAAUUUUGCCACAGCUUCUUGCAGUAGUUAGCUACAGGGCUAGAGUGCUGCAGAGGGAAAAUGUACAGCCAUUUGAAAAAGAUAUUGUAGACUUGCAGUGUUCUGUAUGCUUUAUUUGUAAUGUCAGCUUGCAUUGUCCAAAUGUGGCAUUCAAUCCUUUUCAGUUUAUUUGUGUAGACACAAACUGGUUCCAUAAAAAAAAAGCCAGUGGCCAGUUUUUGGGGAACAAAACUUCCCCUCCUCCUGCUAUAAAAGUUAUUAAGUCAGUAUGAAAAAUUCAUCUGUACCAUUAUAAAACUGUCUCCUAACAGAAUGAACAAAGUGAAUGAUGCAUGCAAAGACUGCUUUGCUGCAUUUGCGCAUUAUUUUGGAUAAUUGAUAUGAAGUGCAAUUUUCGUGGUCAACACAAAGUGAUUUAAAAUAUCAAACACACAUUUUGUUGAAGAAUUGAGUAGAGAAAGCACAAAUUGCCCCCUCACAGUGCCUUCAUUUAAUGUUGAGCUCAGUGUAAGCAAUUUGAAAUGAAUUAUCAGAAUAGCUAGUUAUUGGAUCUUGAUAUAGUUUGGCAAUGUCCCAUUAGCAGUUCAAAAGUUAAGCAUCUAUUAUUUUCUUUCCAACUUGAUACAUAAGUAAAUUUGAACAAUUGCUGAGAUAACUAGGAUGAAAGCCUUUCACUGUACAAUGAAAGUUAGAAUUCUGUGACAGUGAUUUCUAUUUAGGUUUUGCCGAAGGUGCACAUAUGUCUGGCUACUUAUUUUCAAACAAAAUACAGGCAGCCCUCUUUUAAGUCUAUUUUAAAAUAUGCCAGUAAACAAAAUUGUACUCAUUCAUUGUUACUAUAGCACAUUCACAUGGAUUGAUAUAAAAUUAGUAGUAGUUUUGAGGGUUGUGAACUGCUGGAUUUUAAAUAAAGGCAGAAAUGCUGAUCUCAGUGGACAGGAUGAGUAAUGUUGGUACUAUUCCAUUAGAAUAAAUUAAUUGCCAAAUUAGUUUCUGUUGGGGCAUUAUGCUGAGAUAUUUCUUUGAAAAAUGGUGUAGGAUUUCAGAUUGUAUCACUGACACCAGUUCUUUAAAAUGAAUGACAUUACUAUAAAAAUGGAACAAAAUAUUGGUCGAUGACUCAACAAAAGUCAAAAUAUAUUAUCAAUAAGUAUCGUAGAAGCUGUAAUAUGAACUGUUCCCUUAAAACAUUGCUAUUUCAGUUGUGAAUGUUACAUGCAAUUGUAGGUACUGGAGGGAUCCUUAUUCUGUAUAAGCUUGAAAACCCUAAAAGUUCAGUUGGAAUCUCAGCCUUGGAAAGUAUUGAAGAAUAUCCAACUGGGGAGAUGAUGGCUUAGUGGUAUUGUCCUUGGACUAUUAAUCUGGAGACCCUGAAAAUGUUCCGUGGACCUGGAUUCAAUACCCACCGUGGCAGAUAGCGGAAUUUGAAUUCAAUUCGAGUAAAAUCUGGAAUUAGAAGUCUAAUGAUGAUCAGAAAUCUUUUGUCAAUUGUUGGGAAAAAUCCACCUGGUUCACUAACUUCUUUAAGAAAACUGCCAUUCUUAUCUGAUCUGGUUUACACGUGACUCCAGAACCACAGCAAUGUGAUUGACUCUUAACUACUCUCUUGCAAUGAGGGAUGGGCAAUAAAUGCCGGCCUGGUCAGUGAUGCCCUCAUCCUGUGAAUGAUUUUUUUUAAAAUGUAGAGUAUUACGAUGCUAGCUGAUGUCCUUCCAAUACAGAUCAGGUCCCAGACUAAAAUCUGGUCUGAUGGUUAUGUUCUUUCUUUUGGUUUUAUCAAGUUGGUCUUUCAUUGAAACACAAACUCACAACGCUGCAGAUUUGGAUGUAACCUAAAACAGGAGUUUAUUACGCAAAAUAAACAAAGACAAGGCACAGAAAAACAAAGGUAGUAGGAACUGCCGAUACUGGAGAAUCUGAGAAUAACAAGGUUUGGAGCUGGAUGAA